UCAUCAUGGCCGCCGCUUCUGACUCCGUAUGGAAACAAAUGUCCGCUACUGGUGCUGUUAUUACAAAUCUCUGACAGAUUCACACGAUGUAAACACUUCGGGAAGGAGAGAUUAAUCGUGACGGAGCUUCCUGCAGACAUGAGCCGACUGUUAGCGUCUUAAAAUUUGAUCUUUGUUUUGUCGAGUCAUUAGUUUUCAUAAAUAGGUGUAAUAAUGUUAAAUUCAGCGUGUAAGAGCAGCGGACUGAACAUGGAGGAAAGCUCUGGAAGCGGCAGCAAGAACCUGUUGGUCCUCAGAGACAUUAAACCCGUCAGUAGGACACAUCAGGGACAGGGACAGAGUGAUAUUGUUAGUAACUUCAGUCUGCUACACCAGAGUCAGAGCCUGCUGUCUGUGGCCGGAGAGGAAGAGGAGGAGGAAGAAGUACAGUUUGACACUUCAGACACAGAUAAUAACCGUGAGGUGCUGAUGGCUGGUAAACAUUAUCCAUCCAUUCAAGAGUUUGCCUCUGCGAUCCCCAACCACCUCCUGCUGGGCUCCCUGUUGGAGCACCUCUGCUUCGUCUACGAGAGCAACCCAGCUCGCUCACGGAUGCUCUUUAAAGUCAUCGGUCAACGUCUGGCAGCCAUGAACCUCCUCUCUCCUCUGGCCGUCAGUGAUGAGUUCAGCACCGUCAGACUGCAGCACAACCGAGCCUUCACCGAGCUGCUGCACGCUGCCAGCUCCUCACUGUACCCACAGGGUCAACCAGGUCUGGGCUCAAACGCACACAGUGCUGCUCACAGAUUGAAGGAGGGACUGUUUCAGGCGCAGACAUCUCGGUAUCUCAGUGAAUUUGAAGAAGUGUGCAGACUGGGAAAAGGAUCAUAUGGAAAUGUUUUUAAGGUCAGGAACAAACUGGACUCACAAUUUUAUGCUGUGAAGAAAAUUCUUAUCAAAAAAGUUUCAACAGAUGACUGCAUGAAGGUCUUGAGAGAAGUCAAAAUGUUGUCCAGCCUGUUGCAUGUAAACGUUGUGGGUUACCACACAGCCUGGAUGGAACAUGUUCAGCCUGCAGCACCACAUACAGAGCCUCUCCUGCCUGCUCUGGAGUCACCUGGACAACAGGACAGUAGUGAUGAGAGUCCUGACAGCAACAGCAGCAGCUCGUCCAUCGUGUUUGAGAGCCUCAGUCAGAGGACAGACUCUACCUCCAGAGAGACCGAGCCCGUCAAAUCUAUAGUCCCAACCCAAGAGACGGGACAGGUGGUGUGUCCCAAAACCAUGCGUCGUAUUCCCAAAAACUACGUCCCCUGCGUGUUCCUGGGAAAGGGAGGUCCCUCGACGACCACCAAAUGUCCCGCCAUGGGGUGGGACAGUUCCGUGCUGCUGGAGGACGAGUCCGGCAGGAGCAGCAUUGAACUCAACAACAACUCCUGCAUUGACAAGGACUUCCAGCAGUUGGCUGACAAACGCACAACAAAGAUUAAUAAAGAGGUGCAGUUCCACCUCAUGCUCUACAUCCAGAUGCAGCUGUGUGAGCGCUCCCUGAAGGACUGGAUCUCUGAGAGGAACGCCACACCCAAACACACCUCAACAGGUCCUUAUGGAUGUGUUGAUGUUGAACACACACGCAGCCUGCUGAGGAAGAUCCUUGAAGGAGUAGAGUACAUUCACUCCAGAGGAGUCAUGCACAGAGACCUGAAGCCGAGGAACAUUUUCCUGCACGGUCACGACUGCCAUGUUCGGAUCGGGGACUUUGGUUUGGCCUGCAGGGAUCUGAUAAUGGACGACCAUAAAAGCAGCAACUCCUCCAGCUCUGAUUGCUCACACACGACAGGAGUCGGCACCUUUGUGUAUGCUGCACCAGAACAGCUAAAAGGCUCCCAGUAUGACUCAAAGUCAGACAUGUACAGUGUGGGAGUGCUGGCUCUGGAGCUCUUCCAGCCCUUUGGGACUGAGAUGGAGCGGGUCCGGACCCUUGGGGACCUGAGAGAGGGGAAGAUCCCUGACUUGUUCUGCCAAAAAUGGCCUGUCCUGACCAAGUACAUCAUGAAGCUGAUGAGUAAAGAGCCUGCUGCGCGGCCCACAGCCAGCCAGCUCCUACAGAGCGAACUCUUCUGCAGUGAAGACAUUGUGAUCCAUGGUUUGCAGAAAAGAGUUGAGGAGCAAGAAGAGGAGAUCCUGCAGUUGAGGAGACAGAUCAGUCGGCUUCGGAGUGCAGAGGCUCAUUUCUCUGAGUCGGACAUCAGCUGAGCCUUAAAUACCCUCUACAGACUGACAAAACUUGAUUUAUUUUACCAUUGAUGUACGGUGGUACAUGUGAUAGAGCGUGUGUGUGUGUGUGCGUGCGUGUGCGUGCGUGCGUGCAUGUGUGUAUAUAUACCUGGAUGUAAGAGUGCAAUUAUUUAUCUUAUUAAGCUGUUCAAUAAAACCUGUACCUGCUACAUCCUGCAGGAUUUCUGAGAGGCAAUAUGUGAUUACUUUUCAUU